AUGGCGAGGGCGCAGGCGAGGGAUCCGGAGAGAGGGGAGCGCGGCGACGGCGAGCCGAGGGACAGCGUGUGGUCGACCAUCGGCCUAAUCUUUAUCGUGGCCGUGGCUUUGGCCAUGUGCGCGCUCAUGGGCGUGGCACUCGCCCAGAUCAUCAUGACGGCCCUCGGCAACGGCAACGGCCCGACGAAGCGCGACGUCGUCGUCCCCACCAACCCCGGCUUGCUGGUGCACGGCUUCCCCGCCCCCGCCGCCCUCCUCGCCAACCAUACGGGCGGCAGCCGCACGCAUGCCGUCGUCCAGGUCCGCAGCGCGCCGCGCGUGGAGGAGGACGAGGGCGCCGAGGCCGAGCAGGCCGAGGCCGAAUCGGCCGCCGACCUCGACCUCGACCUCGACUCCGAGGCGGCCGCCGACGCGGCCGAGGCCGGCGAGGCCACCCCCACCAAGGCCAAGACGGCCGCGGCCGCGGCGCAACGGCUGCCGACCAUGGCGCCCCUGACCAUCGUCGAGGUGUACGAGCCCCAGACCCGGACGGCCACCAUCAGCUACUGGCCCGACAUGGCGGAGCCGACGUCGGUCAUGAUCCAGCCCGCGCGGCCCACCAUCAAGCUCCGCCCGGGCAUCGGCGGUCUGCAGCCGUGGUGGCACCGGCCCCAGGUGACGCCCAAGAUCCCCAGCGGCGAGCCCAAGGCCACGGCCCAGGCGACGGCGGCGGCGGCGGCGGCGGCCAAGGCCACGGCCCAGCAGACCACCAGCACCGCCACCACCACCACUACCAGCGCCCGCCACGACAUGUGGGGCACCCCCGUGUCGUCGUCGGUCACGGCCUUCAUGCAGGCGGGGGCGGCCGCGACACACAAGACCACGUCCGUCUUCUACACGGUGUCGCGCCGCCCGGGCCGCGGCCGCGUGGUGCCGGUCAAGUGGCCGACGGCCGUGCCCGCCGCCAAGAACGCGACGACGGCGGUCGGCAGCGUCGCCAGGCCGGCCUCCGCCCCCGCCGCCGCUGGUGGUGGUGGUGGUGGUGACGUGCCGACGACGGCGGCGUCGGACAAGAGCGCGGCCGGGUUCGAAAAGGCCAACGAAAACCACACGUCGUCGUCGUCGUCGUGGGACGUGGUCGCGUCGCUCGACGACCCGCGCGCCAAGGGCAGGCUGGUGGUCACGUACGCAAAGGACGAGCGCAUCCUCGAGGACUGGGCCGCCAGGGGCGUCGACUUUGUGGACGGCCGGACUGUAGAGGCGGCCGCCAAGGACGACGACGACGAUGACGGCGACGAUGCCAAGCCUCCCGCCUCCACGGCGCCGGCCAAGGUUGUCGGCCGCCCCGCCAUGGUGCUCGCCGACGGCACCGUGGUUGUGCACCGGCGGCCCAGCGGCGGCAACAAGACGGCAGGGAGCAGCAGCAGCAGCAGUAGCAGCAGCCCGUUCAAGGACGCGGCCCGGGGCGGGCCCGCGCCCUUCAGGGGGGUCGCCGGGCCGGGUCCCGUGGUGGCGAGCAGCGGGGACCGGGCCCUGUUGAACGUCACGCGCGCUGCCGCAAGCGUGGCCGCGGCGCACCAGUCGGGGGAGAUUACGUCUGCGGCCGUCUAACAGCUUGGUUGGAGGGGGGGAGUGUGCCCUGGGUGUUUAUUAGGUUGAUAGCUUGCUCGAAAAGGCCAACCUUGGAUCUAGGAACCACAUCCAAGUGGAAUUUGUGAUUCGGCGUCUGCUUUGUGACUGCGACUGCGACUUCUCUAGUGUUUUGACCCGCGCAGUGAUGUUGCAGAGCGUCGAUGUCCUUCCCCGCUCCGAUAGGCGGCCAAGUGCGACUUUGCCCGUCGCAGCUCGGCUAGGAAGGCGGGGG